AUGUACAAGCUAGUGGUCUUGUUUUCUCUGGCAGUGAUGGUAACAGCUAAACCCAGCAUAGUGGCACCGUUCGCGUACAUCUCAGUAACACCGGGUUUCAGCUCGCUGUCUCAGUAUAGCUCCAGUGUGGUUCACGGCUCCCCACCUGUGCAUGGCGGUUUAACCGUCUACAGUCGACAUGCUCACAACUCUAUCGCUGCCAUGUUUCCUCAGCAAUCAAUGGUACCAGAAGGCCUCAACGAACUCAACGAGUCUGAAGAACAUACUGCUCACAGUGUCCACCAUGCCACCAACAGAUUUUUACCCUACCACCAAUUACGAAAGCGCUCUAUUGGCGUCCCAACCGUAGUUUUUAGCACAGUAGUGUCUCCCGUUUCCUAUACCAACCCCUUAACUUCUGCCUAUUUUGAGCGGGCUAAUUCUCACCAAACCACCCGGCCGGUGGUUUCAGCAUCGGCGUUCGCUACUGCCUCACCUCUUGGCUUAACUUCUGCAUAUGCCAGAAUUCUUGGCUCUCAUCCUAACUGA